ACAUUCCACCAGGUCGGGAACAGACGGAUAACCCAGGCCAAUUAAGAACCAGAAAAUCUCUAAGAGGGCGAAUACCCAGAUCAGGGGGGCUGGGAGCUGCAGCCCAACUCCCUGCAAGCCUCACAGUCGAAAACCUUCCUAAAACAACCCCUCGGCUGCAACCUUCCUAAAACAACCCCUCGGCUGCCUUGGAGCGUGAUUUAAUCUUCCUUUGAUGACUCCGGAUCUUGCCCUGCCUCGGGCCACUGGGAGAACAUCAAUAACCGCUGAGCCCAGGUGUUCUGGCUCAUCUUGUCUGGCACCAUGACCUUCUCCGAGAUUCUGGACCGAGUGGGCAGCAUGGGCCCCUUUCAGUACCUGCAUGUGACCUUGCUCGCCCUCCCCAUCCUCGGCAUGGCCAACCACAACCUGCUGCAGAUCUUCACAGCAACCACCCCUGCCCACCACUGUCGCCCGCCUCCCAACACCUCCGCAGGGCCCUGGGUGCUCCCCAUGGGCCCGAAUGGGGAGCCUGAGAAGUGCCUCCGUUUCGUACAUCUGCCCAACACCAGCCUGCCCAAUGACACCCAGGGGGCCACCGAGCCAUGCCUGGACGGCUGGGUCUACAACAGCACCAGGGACACCAUUGUGACAGAGUGGAAUCUGGUGUGCAGCUCCAGCAAACUGAAGGAGAUGGCCCAGUCUAUCUUCAUGGCUGGCAUCCUGAUUGGAGGGCUCGUGCUUGGAGAACUGUCUGACAGGUUUGGCCGGAAGCCCAUCCUGACAUGCAGCUACCUACUGCUGGCCGCCUGUGGCUCAGGCACAGCCUUCAGCCCCUCCCUCCCCAUCUACAUGGUCUUCCGCUUCCUGUCCGGCUUCAGCAUCUCAGGCAUUACCCUGAGCACGGUCAUCUUGAAUGUGGAAUGGGUGCCCACCUGGAUGCGGGCCAUCUCGUCGACAGCAUUUGGGUACUGCUACACCACUGGCCAGUUCAUUCUGUCCGGCCUGGCCUAUGCCAUCCCUCAGUGGCGCUGGCUACAGUUAACGGUGUCUGUUCCCUACUUCAUCUUCUCCCUGUUGUCCUGGUGGAUACCAGAGUCUAUACGCUGGAUGGUCCUAAAUGGAAAGUUCUCCAAGGCCCUGAAGACACUCCAACACGUGGCUGCCUUCAAUGGCAAGAAGGAGGAGGGGGAAAAGCUCAGCUUGGAGGAGCUGAAAUUCAAUCUGCAGAAGGACAUCUCCUUGACCAAGAUCAAGUAUGGCACAACGGACCUGUUCCGGAUACCCAUCCUGCGCCACAUGACCCUCUGUCUUUCCCUGGCCUGGUUUUCCACUGGUUUUGCCUACUACAGCUUGGCUAUGGGGGUGGAAGAAUUUGGCGUCAACCUCUACAUCCUCCAGGUCAUCUUCGGAGGGGUCGACAUUCCAGCCAAGUUCAUCACCAUCCUCUCCAUAAGUUAUCUGGGCCGGCACAUCACUCAGGCCUUUCUCCUGCUACUGGCAGGAGGGGCCAUCUUAGCUCUUAUCUUUGUGCCUUCAGACAUGCAGAUCCUGAAGACAGCACUGGCUGUGUUUGGAAAGGGAUGCCUGUCUGGCUCCUUCAGCUGCCUCUUCCUCUACACGAGUGAACUCUACCCCACAGUUGUCCGGCAAACAGGUAUGGGCAUUAAUAACCUGUGGGCCCGCGUGGGAAGCAUGCUAGCCCCACUGGUGAAAAUCACGGGUGAGGUGAAGCCCUUCGUCCCCAAUGUCAUCUAUGGGACCAUGGCCCUACUGGGAGGCAGUGCAGCCUUCUUCCUGCCUGAGACUCUCAAUCGACCUCUGCCAGAGACCAUUGAAGAUGUGCAAAACUGGCGCCAUCAAGGAAAGGAGACAAAGCAGGAACCAGAAGCAGAAAAGGCAUCCCAGAGGAUCCCUCUGAAGCCUUGUGAAUCAGGCCAGGACCCCAGCUGAGGAAAACAGAUCCCCCUUUCCCAGUCCUUCAGACUGAUCCCAGCCAGAAUGCUGCCUGCCUCUGGGCUUCUUGGGCACCCUGGAGGUUGGGGGGAGGUCCUGGAUGGGUCCAUGCUCCCAGGACUAAGCCUUCUAAGAACCCAGUGAAGGCAUCUCCACCUCCUCCGCCAGAGUCCCCAGCCCAUCCCUGGCCAGUUCAAAGUUCUGGCCACAGCCCUUCCCAUACCCACCCCUGAACUCCUCCUUCCUGCAACCCAGGCCCUGCCAUUCUUCUGUCUAUCCCUUCUCUACUGUGUCCCAGCCUUCCCUCUGUGUUCCAGCUUUGUUCCCCUGAGAUCCCCUGAAUCAGUCCUUAUAGUUUCCCCUUCUCAUCCCCAAUUCUUUUCUUCAAUGGGAAAUUUCAAUAAA